AUGACUCGGAUGGGAUCCAAAGCGCCGGUGCGCGACGCGUGCCUGAAAACCCUAAGCAAGGCCAAGAAUGCAGUGAGAUCCUCUGUUACCGCGGCAAAGGAUCCGCGGCCGGGCGAUAGGUUCAGCGUGAAGGGUGAAGUGGUUCGUGGGACCCGGCUCUGCGCGACUCCGUUUGGGAUCGGGUUCCCAGAAUGGGACGAAUGGGACGAAUCAGGACGCGAGAGAGUUCAGGACCGUGGCUGGCAGGGCCGACUCAGGGACCGAGGGGUUCAAUAUCUCGGUACAAGCGCGACGGUUGCUGGAGAACCGCCCUGA